AUGCCAAGAGGACCGCCACUCAGCGACAUCGAGAAGGGCCAGAUCCUGGCCUUGCACCAUCAACUAAUGUCCUUACGGGAUAUAUCUAAGGAGUUGGGAAGAUCCGUAGGAGCCAUACAGCGCUUUUUAAAGAAUCCGAGUCGUACCUCUCGUGCUUAUGCGCUUGUAACUGGUCAAAAGCUCACCGUCCGCGAAGAGAAAGCCAUGAUCCGAAAGGCAUCCACAGGAAACUUUUCAGCUCAAGAUCAAAAGAAGGACCUCGGACUACCGGUAGAAGUGCGCAGAAUUCAACAAAUUUUAAGCGCAACUCUACACUUGAAGUAUAAAAAAUGA